AUGUCGUGGUUGUUUGGAUAUAAAAGCCAAGUUCCUCCACAAGGUGGUGGUGGUGACGGAGGUCCGGAACCACCGGGACCGCCACCUUCAUCGGCCGGUCAGAUGGCGGGUGAUGCUAACCUGACCAAAGCCGAGCGCAAAGCCAUGGAAGCGUACCGGUUCGAUUCGUCAGCGCUGGAAAGGGCGGCCGAAGCUGCCCGCACCCUGGAACGGUCGAAACAUGCACGCGAAGCGCUGGAACUGUCGAAAAUGCAAGAAAGUACUCGUCAGCAAGAGUAUAUGGCCAAAGUGAAGGAAUAUGAAGCUCACAUAGAAACGUCCAAGGUUGAACAGAAGCGUGUGGACCAUGAAGAGCGCCGGAAAACGUUAGCCGAGGAAACAAAACAGCAGCAGCAGCGUGCCCAGUACCAGGAUCAGCUGGCCCGCAAGCGGUACGAAGAGCAGCUGGCCCAACAGCAGCGCGUCCAGGAGGAAAACCUUCGCAAGCAGGAGGAGAGUGUUGCUAAGCAGGAAGCAAUGCGCCGGAAAACGAUCGAACAUGAGAUGGAACUAAGGGAGAAGAACAAGAUGAAGCUAUUGGAGGCGGAACUCCGGGCGAAGGCAAAAGUGGACCGGGAAAAUCGUGACCUUACGCUGGAACAGAUUCGUCUGAAGGCGGAAGAGAAUCGUAUCACCGUAAUGGAAGGAAUAAAGACGGCCGGUUCCGUCCUGGGACAGGGUGCGACCGCACUGCUAACGGACUGGAACAAGGUGGUAACCACGGUCGGUGGUCUGUCACUGUUGGCACUCGGCGUGUACACGGCCAAGGGUGCAACGGGAGUAACGGCCCGGUAUGUGGAGGCACGAAUAGGCAAACCAUCGCUGGUGAACGAAACGUCGCGAUUUUCAUUGUUGGAAGCGCUUAAACAUCCCAUCGAUACGGUGAAACGGUUGAAGCAUAAGCCAACGGACGCCUUGCAGGGUGUUGUACUGCAGCCCAAGCUGGAGGAGCGGUUACGAGACAUUGCCAUCGCGACGAAAAACACCAAGAACAACAAGGGCCUGUAUCGAAACAUCCUCAUGCAUGGACCGCCCGGUACGGGUAAGACCAUGUUCGCUAAGCGGCUUGCCACACACUCCGGCAUGGAUUAUGCCAUCAUGACCGGUGGCGAUGUGGGACCGAUGGGUCGCGAUGCUGUGACCGCAAUCCACAAGGUGUUCGAUUGGGCCAAUACGAGCCGGCGCGGUUUGCUGUUGUUCAUCGACGAAGCCGACGCAUUCCUGCGCAAACGUUCGUCCGAACAGAUAUCGGAAGAUAUGCGGUCGGCGUUGAAUGCGUUCCUGUAUCGUACGGGUGAGCAAAAUCCAAGAUUCAUGCUGGUACUGGCCUCGAACACACCGGAACAAUUCGAUUACGCCAUCAACGAUCGGUUGGACGAGAUGGUAGAAUUCACACUGCCCGGACUAGAGGAACGGGAACGGUUGAUUCGUUUGUAUUUCGACAAAUUUGUGCUACAACCCGCCGCUGAGGGCAAGAAACGCUUCAAAGUAGAACAGUGGGACUACAGUGCCGUGUGUAGUAAAAUGGCCAAAAUGUGUGAAGGUAUGUCGGGUCGUGAAAUCUCCAAGCUUGGUGUAUCGUGGCAGGCGGCCUGUUACGCCUCGGAAGAAGGCAUCCUGACCGAGCAGAUGGUGCUGGAUCGGUGCGAAGCCGCCGCUCGCCAACAUCGGCAGAAGAUGGCAUGGCUUUCGGAGCAGGAAAAGCUCGACCACAAAUCCAUCACCGGUGGUAAGGGCUUCCUGACACAGUAACGCGUUUGCCUAGGGCUUACCGGAGUAAAAGAAUUGGAU